AUGUCGUUCCUCCGAAAAACCCAAUUCAACAUUCCCCUUAAUUCCUUCUCUAUCCUCCGCCGUUUCGCAACCCUAACCCCAAAACCCUUCCCCGACAAACCCACCGCCACCUACUACGACAACCUCGCCGCCGACGCAGCCAACGCCGGUGACUUCGAUUCCCUCCACUCCCUCCUCAACAAACGCAUCCAAGACGGUUUCUUCAACACCAAACGAACCUUCAGCUUCAUCACCAACACCAAUUUCACCCCUUCCUUCCUCAACGACCUCAUAACAACAAUUUCCCGUCUCAACCCCGGCUUCUCGCGACGAAACGCAUUUGAUUCACUCAUCACGCGCCUCUGCAAGCUAAGCCGCGCAGACGAGGCGCUCUACGUCGUCGAAUCCAUCUCGCGCGUGGAUAGCUCCGAGCUUAAAGCCUGCACUUUCCACCCAAUCAUAAGUUUCUUUACCAAAGAGAAAUCACUCGACCACGCGCAUCGCGUGGUUGAGACCAUGAACCGUCUUGGAGUUCCACCGGACUUAACGGUUCACAAUUAUUUUCUCACGACGUAUUGUUUCACCGGAGACACUGAAGCGGCAGUAGGGGUUUUAAAAACGAUCGAAAAUGAGGGUUUAAACGCUGACACGCGCACAUUCGACGCGCUUGUAUUAGGCGCGUGUAAAAAGGGAAAUGUGGAUGGUGCUAUGGUAUUGGUGAGGAGGAUGUUCGAUGAUGGAGUGCCGAUGUUAUAUUCGACGCAUAUGUUUAUAAUUGAAGCGAUGUUAAAGAUGAAUUGUUGGGAACAAGCAUUAUGUUAUGUGAGGUGUUUUAGUGGGAAAGAUAAGGCUUUGGAUAAUGAGCUUUUUGGGUGUUUGGGUGGGAAACUUGUGGAGUUGAAUAAGUUGAAAGAGGCUAUGGUGGUCUUUGGUGAAAUGGAUGAAAGGGGUUUGAAAAUGUGUGGGAAAAUGAGAGAGUUUUAUGAAAUGAAUGUUGGAGUUGGAAAUGAUGAUGUAAGUUGUAAAGUGGAAUUGUAG